UCAGUCGAGGGACGAGAGGAGAGGAGGGCCGACAGUAAAGCAACACUGGUCGACGUCAGAAGUUAACAGUCGGUUCCUGCUUCUCUGGAUUCUCGACAUUUCUCCUCCCGUAAACAACAAUAGGCCCUCUUAUUGUGCACAGUAAUCAUGGCAGAGGCCCACCAGGCAGUGGCCUUCCAGUUCACAGUCACCCCAGAGGGUAUCGAUCUGCAGCUGUCCCACCAGGCCCUAACUGAGAUCUACCUCUCUGGUGUGCGCUCCUGGAAGAAACGUAUCAUCAGACUCAAGAACAGUGUGAUAACGGGGGUAUAUCCUGCUAGCCCUUCCUCCUGGCUUUUUGUGGUCAUAGCAAUCCUGGCUACUAUGUACACUCGCUCCGACCCCUCCAUGGGCCUCAUAGCCAAGAUACAGGAGCACCUGCCAGUCAGCCAGUCGAUGAGUACGCAGUGCCAGGCAGUGGUGUCAGCAGUGCUCUUCAGCACCAUGCUAUGGCUCUUGCUCAUCUUCACCAUGCGCCUGUGUCUCAAGCAGCUUCUCUCUUACCACCGCUGGAUGUUCGAGCAACACGGCAAGAUGUCCAACACUACCAAAGUCUGGGUGGCGCUGGUGCGGAUCUUUUCUGGCAGAAAGCCUCUACUCUACAGCUACCAGGGUUCAUUGCCAAACCUGCCUUUGCCCACCAUCAAGGACACAGUCAAGAGGUACUUGGAAUCCGUGCGUCCGCUGAUGGAUGAUACGCAGUAUGAACGUAUGACCAAGCUGGCCGCAGAGUUCGAGAGCAGCCUCGGUAACCGCCUGCAUUGGUACCUCAAACUCAAAGCUCUCUGGGCAUCCAACUAUGUUAGUGACUGGUGGGAAGAAUACGUCUACCUACGGGGACGAAGCCCAAUCAUGGUCAACAGUAACUACUAUGGCAUGGACUUCUUGUAUGUGACACCCACACCCAUCCAGUCAGCCAGAGCAGGCAACAGCAUACACGCAUUCUUCCUGUACCGUCGCAAACUCAACAAAGAAGAAAUUAAACCUAGUCGUAUACCAGGCACUGUCAUUCCUCUGUGUGCAGCACAGUGUGAGAGGAUAUUCAACACCACACGCACUCCUGGAGAGGAGACCGACACUGUGCAACACUGGCAGGACAGUGACUACAUAGUGGCAUACCACAGGGGUCGCUACUUUCGUCUGAGGGUGUACCAGGCAGGCAGACUCCUGUCACCCAGGGAGAUUGAAUUCCAGGUUCAGAGGAUCCUCGAUGACCCUUCACCUCCUUCCAAAGGAGAGGCCAAACUCGGGGCUCUGACCGCUGGAGACAGAAUUCCAUGGGCUAAAGCCAGAACGAAGUAUUUCAGCAGUGGGGUCAAUAAACGCUCUCUGGACUGCAUUGAGAGAGCCGCCUUCUUCGUGACCCUGGAUGAUGAUGAACAGGGCAUGAUGGGAGAUGACCCUGCAGCCAGUCUAGAUCGCUAUGCUAAGUCCUUGUUGCAUGGGAAAUGUUAUGACAGGUGGUUUGACAAGUCCUUCUCGGUUGUUUACUACAAGAAUGGAAAGAAUGGCAUAAAUGCAGAGCACUCGUGGGCUGAUGCACCAGUGUUGGCACACUUAUGGGAGUACACCCUGGCCACUGACAGUUUCCAGCUGGGUUACAAUGCUGAGGGUCACUGCAAAGGAGAUGUGGAUUCAUCAUUACCACGACCACAGAAGCUGAACUGGGAAAUCCCUCCAGAAUGUGAGGAGCAGAUCUCGCAGUCGCUGGCAGUGGCCCAGGCCCUGGCUGAUGACGUGGACUUCCACGUUUUCUCCUUCAGAGACUUCGGCAAAGGAAAGGUCAAGAAGUGUCGCGUCAGUCCAGAUGCCUUCAUCCAAAUGGCUCUUCAGCUGGCCUACUACAGGGACCGGAGGACGUUCUGCCUGACGUACGAAGCCUCCAUGACCCGUUUGUUCAGGGAGGGCAGAACCGAGACUGUUCGCUCCUGUACCAAUGAGAGCAGUGCCUUCGUCCGAGCGCUGGAUGGUGGAGAGGCAGCAGAUGUGUGCAGGCGUUUGUUCCGUGCAGCGUUAGACAAGCACCAAAAUCUGUAUCGCAUGGCCAUGACUGGAGCUGGCAUCGACAGACACCUCUUUUGCCUCUACGUGGUUUCCAAAUACCUUGGAGUGGAGUCUCCUUUCUUGAAAGAGGUGCUGUCUGAGCCCUGGCGGCUGUCCACCAGUCAGACUCCAGUCCAGCAGGUGGAGCUGUUUGACCUGGUCAACCACCCAGAGUACAUCUCCUGCGGAGGGGGCUUUGGUCCGGUGGCUGAUGAUGGUUAUGGGGUGUCCUACUGCAUUGUGGGUGACAACCUGAUUAACUUCCACAUCUCGUGCAAGCACUCCUGUCCAGACACUGAUGCCCAUAAGUUUGGUGCUCAGAUCAGAAAAGCCCUGCACGACCUGAUACAGCUGCUGAGCCCCAACCAAAAAGAGCCCAACAAAACAGAGGAGAGUCGGCCCGAGGUCAAGAAAGAUCUGUAGAUGGUUACUCGGGGGGGGGGCAUUGCUGAGGGAAAGGUGUGCAAGAAACAAUGCUACAUGAUGACGUGCAUUGGGAAAAUUUUAUAGAUGAUACGGAUGAUAUGGAAUGAUGGAGGGGAUGUUUUUACUGAUAUGCAUCUGUAUUUGUGUGUUUAUAUUAGCUGUGUUAUGGGUGUGGGAAGAGAGAAAAGGUCCAUAGAGUAACAGAUCAAGAAGUGUGAUUCAAAUGCAGUAUGGUUAUUGGUUUUCGUUGGGUUUUAACAAAUCGUUGGUGAAAAUAGAACCAUGAAACCUAAAUGGAAAAGUAAUUAUUGUGACAUGGUUUGAUUUUUAUAAAAAGGCCAGUGUGAAUUGCACCACUCAAAGUUAGGAUAGAAAUCCUAACAUCACCUUAUUGCAGGGAGGAAUUUAAUAUAAAUUCAAGUGCAGUAUGUUUUGUCACUAUUAAGUAUGCCACACUUUUUGUGCCACUAAUUGUCUGUUGUUGGCUUUGUUUGAAAGUACAAUAUACGUGUGUGAUAAAGAGUCUUGGAGCAUUAGCAUUGAGAGAAAACAUGCAGGACUGUUGAGGUGACUUCGGUUUCCAUCUGAGUGCAAGAUUGCCGUCACAGUGAGAACAGGAAUUUUAAAAUCUUGGAAGUCUGUGACUUCUCAGUGUUUACUCAUUAUGUAUACAGGAAAUCUGCUUUUUACAUACAUGAUUGUAAUACUCCGCUGAGAGCGCCAGGCUGUUUAUACAUGUAGUGAUAUGACAUGGCUCCUUUAAAUUCAUAGGUGGGCAUUACUCUUUGAUUAGUAUUACACUCAGUCACAACUCACCCAUGAAAUAACUUUUAUUCUAGUUUUUUGAGCAAAUUCAAACUGUAUAUACAGAUAAUGUUGGUCAGUUUUGCUUUCUGUGGUCAGUAGGCAUUUCAAACCCAUUUGCCCAUUUAAAAACUCUUGUGUAAUGAACUCCGGUUAUUUCACUGCCAUCUAUAAAUCUGUUUUGUAUUUUUUAUUUUUUAUUUAACAAGCGCCAUAACAAUGCAAGCUAUAUUUAUGAACAUGAUGUGCAGUUAUCCAGUCUCCAGCAGUGCUGCAGGUCAGAUGUGAGUUACAUGUUAAGUGACAUUUUGUAGUCAAACCAUCUAAUUCACACGGUGGCACGUUACCAGUGACGCAGAUUCCUGUUAUUCUCCAUUGAUUUACAUUUUUUUGUUUUCAAUCCAGAUCAGCUAUUGUAAGCCUUUUUUUAUUGCAAUAUUACAAGGGAACAUAAAUUCAU